AUGGAGUAUCGCAAGAUGAUCAUUCUUCUCCUCUCUAUUGCCUAUGUGGCGGCAGCCGAUCUUGCCCCACUUCACACUCAUACCACAGAUGCGGUGGCAGGUCGCUUCAUAGUCGCUCUCAAGGCUGAAAGCCCAGAUGUUGAUACUUUCCUAGGCAGCUUGAUAACAAUGGAUGGCAUCACCAUGACGAGGACAUACCGCGAUGCAGCUCUUAAGGGCUUUGCUGCUGGCUUGACCGACGACGCUCUUCAGAUGUUACGGGAGCAGCCGGAAGUAGGUUACGUGGAGCAGGAUUCCAUCGUCCGUGCUGACUGGGUAGCAUCCUGGGGUCUGGACCGGGUAGAUCAGAGACAUCUCCCACUGGAUAAUAAGGCAUUCUUCCAAGGUAAUGGCGCGGGUGUGAAUGCUUACAUCAUCGACACGGGUAUCUUCCCCGACAACAGAUUCUUCUCCGACCGUGCGUACGUCGCCUACGAUAAUGUGGGUGACGGGAAAGAGGGAAUCGAUUGUAACGGACACGGUACCCACUGUGCUGGGACAAUAGGAGGUGAAGUAUUCGGUAUCGCCAGGGAGGCUUCUCUGCACGGCGUUCGGGUACUCGAUUGUGCUGGUAGCGGCUCCACGUCAAGCAUUCUUGACGGGAUGGAUUUUGUUGCUAAAAAUGCCAAGCACCCUGCUGUGGCAUCAAUAUCUCUGCGAUCUCCGCAAUCCGAAGCCAUGGAGGAGGCCGUCAGGAGAAUGAACGACGCGGAUGUGACUGUCUCAGUGUCGGCUGGUAACAGUGCCGGGGACGCGUGCAACCAGUCGCCUGCCAGUGCUAAGGAGGCGAUCACGGUGGGCGCCACCGACAUUGAGGACCAGAGGGCGUCCUUCUCCAAUUACGGGAAGUGCGUUGACCUGUUUGCUCCCGGCGUGGACAUCCCCAGUUUGUGGAUGGGUGAAGACUUCGCAGUCAACAUCAUCAGUGGAACCUCCAUGUCCUGUCCACACGUCAGUGGAGCUGCAGUGAUAGCCCGCGGCAAUGAUCCAAGCCUGAAAGCGGCUGAAGUGAAGGCGAAGAUUCUGAAGGACGCCACACCCGAUGUAGUCAAGAAUCCUGGCCCAGAUUCUCCCAAUCUCAUGCUGUACAUCCCGUAGUC